AUUCGUUGUAUAAACUGACCGUGCAACUUGCAAAUUAUUGAAAAUAUUUUUAACAACUAAAUCUUAUUUAUUUAAAGCAAAAUUUAACGCCUACAUUUUUUCGCAGAUUUGUGAAAUGGCUACGUUAGAAGAUAAGAUACUUGGUGAGAAAUUGCAAAACUAUUGCAGCAGUAGUGAAGACGAAAACGAAAACGAUGAUACUAAUUCUGGUAGCAAAGGUCAAUCAAGUUCUGGUUUGAAAUUUAUACCAGAGGAUAAAAUCAAAGAUCAAGCCCAUUGGAGUGGUAGUGCGGCCAACACGGGUCCUAAAGGUGUGAUACGCGAUUGGCAAAGGUUCAAGCAACUGGAGACGGAAAAACGCGAAGAGCAAGAAAAGGAAAAGUUUGAUCUGCUCAAGAAGCUGAGUAUCACGGCUCGUACUCAUGCCGAAGACGAAGCAGCCAAGGAACGAGACCAACUGGAUCGCGAGCUGGAAGAACUUAUGAGUGAUGAUUUUUUACUGGAGUAUCAGAAGAAACGGAUGGCAGAAAUGUUGGCUCAAUCUGGAAAACUUCCUUCUUUCGGUACUUUGAUAGAGCUGAGUAAUGGAGAUGAUUUUUUGAAAACAGUCGAUGAUGAACCAAAAGCGGUCACAAUUGUAAUUCACAUUUAUGAUCGUAACGAUAACGCAUGCAGAGCAAUGAAUAAAGCACUUCAAGAACUGUCCUCAGAAUAUGUGAACGUCAAGUUUUGUAAAUUCAUGAGCUCAGUAGCAGGGCUGAGCAACUCUUUCAAAUGUAAAGGUGUGCCAGCACUAUUGAUAUACAAAGCAGGGCAAAUGAUUGGAAACUUCAUUCGAGUGACCGACGAUUUAAGUGAUAAUUUCAAUAGCUCGGAUGUUGAAAGUUUCCUUACCGAAGUUGGAAUGCUACCCGAUAAGACAGCUGUUCCUUAUAUUGUUAAAUAAGUACAGUAUUCAUAUAACAUUUGUAAUAGUAAUCAUUUGAAAACUCUUAAUACACGACGAGAAUACCUUAUAUUUAAGGAAUCAUUAGAAUAUUAUAUGUUGUUUAAGCAUCGGAAUUCAACGUCACUUGUGAGCAUACAUAAUAAUUUGAAUUAUAAGUACUAAUUAUUGACGAAUAGUGCCCACAUUGCGGAGACUAAACAAAGUAAUAAUAUCUGUAGAAUCGUAAUUUCUAAACGACGCGUUUAAUAAAGCUGAUUAUUUUUAUUAUAUACGCAAUGGUUAUAUCAACCUUUUCGGAAUGAAAAAUAUAUCUUUUUUUGUGAGUAAAGUAUUGCAUUUUAUCAAAAAAUAAAUUUUCUCUAAUCGAAAUGAAAAUAGAAUAGAUGCGUAGAUGGUUAUAACCCGUCCUCUAGAAUGUAAAGGAUUCUAUAAGUUCAAAGUAAAUGUCAUGUAGCUUUCCUGCAUUAAAUCAACAUAUUCACAAUAAGUUACAGCCUUUAUUAUUAUAAUUAUAGUUAUUAUUAUAGCUUUUCUUGUCUUUGCUUAAUCGAUCUAUAAAUAAAUACAGUGUAAUUAAAACAUAAAAGCUGUCGGCUAA